UAUCGCCUACAUUUGUUUUUGUGUGGUGUCAUUGUAAAAUUUCUUUUUAUAAAAUACAACACGAAUAAACACGAAAACUAUACCAAAAAUUUUGAAAAUCAUUUUAAAAACGUCAUGAGUGAAGUACAGACCCUUAUGGAUAUGGGAUUUCCCCGGGAGCGUGUGGAAUAUGCUCUGCAGGUGACCAGUAAUAAGGGUGUAGAACCAGCUAUGGAAUGGUUACUGGCCCACGUGGACGAUCCGAUACCAUCAAGUCAAAUGCCGGGGAUCCCCCCGGGUUCCGGGGUCUCAGCCACGACUUCAGAUAACUCUUCCGCUGGGGCAGCUUCUAGUAGCACAAGCGGUGCCGGUGAAACCUCUGCGGAUUCCCCUGUUGCCAAGUCCCUAAAAUGCGACGAUUGCGGAAAGAUUUUAAAGGAUCACACCGAAGUGGAGUACCAUGCAGCCAAAACCGGACACAGCAACUUCUCCGAGUCAACGGAGGAAAAAAAAGCCUUAACCGAGGAGGAGAAAAAGGCACAGUUGGCACUCAUCGAGGAGAAGCUCAAGCAGAAGCGCAUCGAACGCGAGGAACGUGAAAAAACUGAAGCUCUGCAGCGGGAAAAGAAUCGUAUCAAAUCUGGAAAGGACAUGACCGAGGCCAAGCGGCGCAUGGAGGAACUUGAGAUGAAGAAGAUCGUGGAGCAGCGUAAGCGCGAAAAAGAUGAGGAGAAGGCAGCCCGGGAUCGAGUAAGGGCUCAAAUCGAGGCAGACAAAGCAGCACGCAAGGCUAGAGAACAAAAAGAACUGGGAAAUCCAGAACCAGCUCCCUCUGUGAGUUCCACCACAGUGUCGUCGCCACCGGCAGGUGUGAAGUCUCCGCCGCGAGACUACACAGAAACACGCAUCCAGGUGCGCCUGCAGGACGGCUCCACUCUUCAGGAGACCUUCAACGUAAAGGAACAGCUAUCAGCCGUACGUGUGUUUAUCCAGAUGAAAACCGGCAUCGAUUCGCCCUUCUCCCUGAUGACCACCUUUCCGCGCAAAUUGUUCGCCGAGGACGAUUACGAGAAGCCCCUGGAGGUGCUCGGACUGGUUCCAUCCGCCGUCAUCACCAUGACCAAGACGGCCGCAUAAAUAUGUCCUUCCAACUGGGCAAUGGAAAAAAGCUGGGAAUCUCCCAGAACUAAACGAAAUGUCUAGAAACUAAAAACAAACGAAACGCGGCGCGAUAUUCCCCAAAAACAUUAAAUGUACGGUUUUAUAUAUGUAUUAAACAAGAAAAACUAA